GUGUGUGUGUGUGUGUGUGUGUAGGGGGGUCUGCGGCCUCGUCUCUGCCACAUGCAGAAAGGCAGCAGCGGUUACGGCUUCAACCUUCACAGUGAGAAGUCCAGGCCGGGGCAGUUCAUCAGGGCCGUUGACGACGGUUCUCCUGCUCAGCAGGCCGGACUCAAACCACAGGACAAGAUCCUCCAGGUGAACGGCGUGUCAGUGAAGGACAUGCAGCACUCGGAGGUGGUUGCAGCGAUCAAAGCAGGAGGCGAGGAGACGUCCCUGCUGGUGGUGGACGCAGAGACAGAAGAGUUCUUCAAGAUGUGUGACGUGCUGCCCACUGAGGAGCACCUCAGCGGAGCUCUGCCUGAGCCAAAAAGAGCAGCGGAGGAGGAGGAGGAGCAGGUGGCAGCAGAGGUGAAGCCCAAAGUCUCUGUGAGCUCUUCAGCUUCCAGCGUGUCCUCCAACGCGUCCCUGCAGGGGCUGGGCAGCAGCGAGCCCCCUCCCCAGGUGGAGCCCCCCGCCCCGGCUGACAGUCUGGGUCUCAGCUUGUCUCUGGCUCAGGUUAAAGAGAGAGCUCGUCAGAAGCGAUCGGCCAAAAAAGCUCCGACCAUGGACUGGAACAAGAGGAACGAGCUGUUUGGCAACUUAUAAACCACCUCCACCCCCCGUCCAUUUUCCAUGUUCACCCUCACCAGCUCUACCCUUACCCUGCUCGCCCUCAACCUCACUCCGCUCCUGUCUGCCAUGUGGAUUUGGUUUUCACUUUUGAGAGACACCAGAUUCCUGUGGACUCAUGAAAACAGUAUUAUUUGAUGAUUUUUUUAAUUUAGCUUUUCCACUUUGUUUUAAUAAUGGUCACACACAGGAAAGAAUGAUAAUACUUUAAGAAAAAUGUUUUAAAGAGAAAAAUAAUGUAGUUUGCACUUGAAAAGGACAACAAAAGGAUUAAUAGGACAUAGGGGAAAGACUGUUGAAUUUUAAAUGUCAGAUUUUGAUGAAUGCAAUCGGCAACUAUAAUGAAAGAAUAUCUCUGCCUCAUAUGAAUAACUCUGUACUGCCAACAUGAUGUAUGUGAGGGACUGCGUCUGAAAUCCUGUAUUAUUCAAGGUAAUCACAUUUUAUUUUUCAUUUGGCUCUUGAUGGAUCAAAUCAAAUCAAGUUUUAUUUGUAGAGCACAUUUAAAAAUGAUUUUGGUCGAGCCAAAGUGCUGUACAUGUAAUUUAAACACAUUACAUCACAAUAAAUCACAACAGAUAAAAACAACACAUGGAACAGUCAGGAGUCGUAACCCCACUCUAACUAGAAGGCCAGAGAGAAGUAGUGUGUCUUCAGUGUGGAUGAUUGUACAUACAUGAAUAAACGUUUUAUUCGACUCACUUGAGAGAAAUGAA